AUGUACAAGUUAAAUUCUGUAAUAUUGUUAAUAGCAGUGGCGGCUGUGGCAAAUGGACAGCUUCAACAAGUUGACAACAACAAUUCAACAUUUCACACCGAUGACUUUAUUAAUAUGAACAGACAACAACAUGCUAAAGUUAUCCAGGAUUAUGAUACAAAAAUGGAUUUAUUUGAAAAAACGUUUAACGCCAGUCUUAAUACCAUCAGCAUACAAUUGGACAUGUUGGUCGAUAGUCUUGUUCAAAACGAAAAUAAAUUAAAAUCCUUAGAAGUUCUAAGUGAUUUGAGUAAAAAAUGUGUCAACAAAUAUCGUUCUUCAAUACCCACUAUCAGCGAUACUAAAAAAAAAAUCAACAGUUGCAUUAAGUCAGUCAACAGCAUUGCUUAUAUGUUGAAUAAUCCUCUGGUCACCAGAAAUUACUUGGAUAGCUAUUACAAGAAUAAUUUUGAAUCAUCGAUUACUAGUUGCAAAAAAACCUACAGCACAUUACCUAAGAAUUAUACCAUGUGUGUUACAAAAGUGGCAUCCGAAACUGAAGAUUAUACUAUUAAGAAUCAACAGACAUUCGGCUAUCAAAUGGCUGCAGCCCAGUGUUCCUUCGAUGCCAAUAUAAAAAAAGCUUUAGAUUGCAGUUAUACCACUGAAACUAAUACAAUCUCUGCCAUUGCUGAGGCCAAUACUAUGAUUGAUAGGUGCUUACAGGGUCAAGAUGUUUGCCAACCAUGUAAUGGUGCAAAUACUUGUUCAGAAGUUUUUUACAUGUAUCGUUCUGAAAUAAACCAUAAUAGUAAAGUAAUGAAUAAUCCAUUUUAUAGACGUUAUAAUGCAACGGAUUUUGAUAGCGGCCAUUAUGUGAAAGCUACAUCUGUCGAAUUGGCUGUCAGUUUGUUUUGCAAAAUUACCGCGGACGGAUAUAGCAUUCAACGAUAUGUGCAAAUUAUAAAAUUGUUUUAUCAAAAUGAUUGUUCAUUCCGGGCACUUCGCUCAUUUUACGGUAGCCCCAAUCGUAUUAUUAGUAGCGUUGUAGUGGAUAAAUUGGAGUCCACUGCUCCAGUAAAUAAUGAAGAUUUAUUGGAGAAAGACGUUGGCCAGGUCAUCACCGUAAUCGGGGAAGCUGUCGAUCGAUGA